GGUGCACGUUUAGGCAUAAUUUAAGCAGCCCUGAAGCAACGACGAUGGAUGUGUUUUCCUUUUUCUUCCCCCCGUUUGGCACAUCGCCAGAGGGGUGAUUUACCGGAUUGCCAUUUUUCGAGGGGAAACCCUUAAAUGCCCACAGGCCCCCAAGGAGGAAAAGAAAAAAAAGGGGUAAACUACAUUUUUGCAAAAGAAAGGUGGCGACCAUUGGAAAAGGAAAAGAUAAAAUAUAUCACAUUGGGAUGAACUCCUUCCAUUUCAUUGCAAUGAAACGAAAGAAUUCUUCAAUCGGGAGGGACCCAUCCCCCCAUGGACGACGCACCUGCGUAAAGAAAAAUAAUGCCUCUUCUCUAUACCAAUAGCAGAAAGCGCAAUGCUAUAUGCUUAUUGGGUUCGUAAGGUUUGAAAGGAAACAUCGUCUCUUUCCCUGUACGCUGAUGGCUGCGCGAAAUUGUGGAGAGUGCGAGGGGACCCCUCUCAUCUGGUUCGUUCAAUUAGAACCAAGGAGGACCCACCGCACAGUGAGCAGAAAUUCAGGCCUCUGUGUAUCCCCUCGCGUAGCCUCCCAUGUGAUCUCCUACGAAAAAGGUAUAACCCCCCUUCUCUGCGAACCAAAUGAACGCUUAACGGGGUAACGCCCAACGUGCGGGACCCCCGCGCGUCCUGCUGUGUGCACGCGGUUCCUACGUGUAAGGCAUAUAGCUUCAAAGUAGACAAAAAAAAAAAAAAAAAAAUUUAAUGGCAUCAUAUUGUGGGUGAUAAUCCUGAGGGUGAAAUUCCCGAAUGUCUUUUCUCCUAACUUGGUUUCUGAAGCUUCGUUUCGGUCCCUUAGUUUCUCCAUUUUCGCGUCUCCAACCCCGCUUCUUCAAUCGCAACUUUGCGCAAAACAAAACGCGUCGCAGGACCGCCAACACAGUCAAUACAGCCAAAACCGCCAAUAUCGCCAAUACCGCUAACAGCGCCAUCACCGAUAAGGACUCCCCCCCUUAGAUGGAACGCGCAAACGAGCUGAUCCACCAUGGCGGUCGCGGAGAUCACCCCGAUGAGCGAUUCAAAAAGAAAAAAAGGAAAAAAAAAAAAAUCAGAAAAAACGCCUUUCUUUUUUUCUUGUUCUUGUUCCUAAGCGGGUUGGUCUGUCUGGGCCCCUCGACCUUCUUCACUUCCGCGAAAGGUAUCAACAUAAACGACCCAAAUGGGGUUAACCCCCCGAGGAAUGACAGGCAAUUAAGUGAAGAUAACCAGAAGAAGAAGAAAAAAAAGGGGCAAGACGAAUCGGACGAGUUUAACAAAAAUCAAACAAACAAAAGUGAAAAUGCAGAAAGAGGCUACCUUGACUUAUUUAACAAAAAUGAUGGAAGUGACUACAAAUUAAAUUUCAUGGAUGGUGCUUCCCUUGUAAACCACACAGACAUAGUUAAAAAUGGCACCUUCAUAUUUGACGCUGUCAAUUAUUUACUUAAAAAGUUGAAAGAGGGACCCGCAAAUGCAGGGACCGCAGAUAUGCAUACUUUACGACCUGGGAAGGAUGCCGUCAGUGCGAAUGAAAUUAAAAGGCUAAUCCUUAUCAAGCUGCUGAAGUGCGUGGCGGCGUUAAUUCUGUUCUACAUCGUUAUUCGCCUGACCUUCACCUUCAUCAGAAGACUUAUAAAUUUGAUCAUCCGGUUCAUUUUCAAAAUUAUAAAGCUUUGUUGCUGCGGUGGGAGGUGA